AUGGUGCGGUAGGUCGUUAUUCGAAAUUUUCCUAUCCUGAUCCCGCUGGAAUUUUGCCAUCUUGUUUCGCUUUUCAUAGAGGGUAAAACUUCAAAUAGGUCUGGAAAUAUCACUUAGAACUAGGCACCACUUCACAUUCUAUAAUUAUGGAGAAUCGUGAGGAGGUACUGAUGGAACUGACAAGGUUCGAGUCGUGUCGCUCGGCUCCGGAGAUCCCGCCAGUGCUGGAGGCGUACCUGCGCCACGUGGCACACACCGGCGACUCGCUCUUCCCGUGGCCCAAGGUACGGCCGCUGCUGAAGCGCAAACUGGACGUGAUCGCCGACCAGUACUGUCAGCACUGUCCGCCCGAGAAGAUACCGGCCAUGCCCAACGUGGACCCGUUCAAAUUCGACCAGCUGAGAGCCGAGAUUCACCUGAGGAUCGACGCACUUUCCGGCACUCCGUUCACAAUCCAGCGCCUCUGUGAGCUCAUGACGGAGCCUCAGCGGUACUACAAGCGCACCGACAAGUUCAUGCGCGGCGUGGAGAAGAACGUGUUGGUGGUGACCACCAUCGAAGCCACCAGACGCCGGCCGCCUCCGGAGGCUGUGAACGGCGCCGCCGGCCCGGAGGAGGAGGAGGACGAGGCUGCGGGGUCGGAGGGUGUCAGUCGCGGCGCGCCGUCCACCUCGGCAGCGGGACGGCCGCCCGAGCCCGAGCAGGGACACGGGUCGGCUGACGAGACGGCGGCGGAGGCAGACGUCGAUACUGAUACAGAUGCCGGCCCCACACCUAUGGAGGUGGGUCCGGCGGUCGAGGAGGCCGUCCUGUCAGAUGGCGCCACUCCCGUCGAACUGCGGUGUAAUGUCUCAGACCUUAUACGGGAGAGUGGAAAGGUGACGGAGGUGCCGACGGAGUCCGUGUCGGCAACUGGUGAUAUCAGCAGCGGGGACGCCGAGCUCUCUGGCGCGGGGGAAGGCUCCGACCCCGCGGAGAAGACACCCAGCGUCUCCGGCCAGCCCGGUGACCAGUCGGACCGGCCUCCCGAGCCGUCUGACCCGCCGUCCCAGCCGGCUGAGGUACCGGUCCAGGUGAUAGACGCACCAGCGGCCGCCGAGCAGACGAACCCUCCCAGUGAGACCUCCCCGACCUCAGAGCAGCCUUCAGUGACCAUAGAGCAGUCCGUGAAUCCCGCGGAGAGUUCUGUUAAAACCUCAGACGAACCUUCAGAAUCCCCAGACCAGAGUUGCUCGUCGACAGACACACCGUUCAUUCCAUCAGACCAGCCGGCCGUCGCGGCAGACCCGACGACAGACCUUUCAGACCAGCCAUCCGAUCUCUCAGACCAGCCAGUAAACCCCUCAGACCCGUCGACCGUGACACCAGCAGACCAGCCAGCCGAGGGCUCACCUCCACCUGCGGCUGACACCACAGAACAAAGCGAGGACGUCAGUCUCGACUCAUCUAACAUGAGUCUGGAUGACAGUCUGUGCGGCAGUGAUGCCGUGGUCGGAUCUCCUCCGCCAGCCACCGGCGACGAACCGGGGGCGUGAGGGCGCUCGCCUGCACCCUGUCCGGGCCGUCAGCUCGGCGCCGUGUAGUUCAAUGCGCGGCCGGCGCGGGCACGGGCUACCACCCGGUGUCCGCUCGGUGAUGUGUGACGCUCCUGGUCUGACGGUCGCCGCCCGGUGUGCAGUGGCAGUACAAACAGUGACUAGCUGACCGACCAGGUGACCUGUCGGCGCCGCCGCUACCUCGCUCCGGGCACUGCGGCGGCUCUCUGUGGAGAGGAUCAGAGCUGGUCCCGUGGAGGGAACGGUCUCAGUCGGUACUGAGCCGAGGUAGUGUGUCGGGGCGUCGGGAACGGGCGCAGCUCCGCCCCGUGGGUGGGAGACCCGCCAGUGGGGACAUUCAGUUUGCGUUGCGCUCACAUAAAACCAGCGGCAGGCUGGCCUCACACCAGUCGUCUGUCUGACCUCUAGGCUGUAGUGCUUAAGACAGUCUUUUGUACGUGAAUUGUCCUGUCCAUAAUAAAGGUUCCAUGUAUAA